AUGACUUCCGGUGAUGUAAGACCUCUAAGCGUCCCGGCCCAAUACGUUGAUUCCAGCGUCCAAAAUCGCAGCUACCUCGUCCAUCUCCCGUCUACCUACAAAAGCGACACCGCGUACCCGCUCGUCCUCGGCUUCCAUGGCAGCUCGAGCAGUGCAGCGACCGUCCCGCUGGAUACAAAGCUCAACAACGAGACCUAUUCCGGCAAUAAGAUUAUGAUGUAUCCGGAAGGGGUUGGGGGAAGUUGGGCGCGGCCGACAUAUCACAAUGGGACGAGUGUGGAGGAGGAUGUGCAGUUUGUAGCGGAUGUUAUUGCGGAUGCGGAGAAGAAAUUCUGUAUUAACGAAGGGUGUUUGGAUUUGGGUAACAUGUCUAAUGGCGGCGGCUCCAUUGGAACACUGGCAUGCGAUGAAAAGGGGAGUUCGCUUUUUACGGGUCUGGCAGCGCACUCGGGCGCUUUCUACACGGAUGUCAAUGGGCCUGAUAAUGGGUGUGCGCCGUCGAAGGAGGUACCCUUGCUGGAAAUCCAUGGUGGAGCCGACAAGGACGUUCCGUAUGCGGGAGGCAAGGGUCAAGGCGGCGAACUGCCUUCAAUCUUCAACUGGCUGAACUCAUGGGCGCUGCGCUAUAAGUGCGAGAGCAGCAGUGUGAAUAUUACGUUUGGGAGCGAGGUGCGACAUUGGUAUUGGGGUUGCGGUGGAAAAUCCGGUCUAAUCCAGCAUUACGAAGUGACGCAUUUGGGUAAAUCUUUCCUCUUGUUUUUUUUCACUCUAGAAUCAGAGUAUUUGUUAUUUGAUUGUACUAAUGAGCGAUCGUAGGUCAUGCCUGG